UUCCCUUCGAGUGUUCGAGUCAAAACAGUACGCGUAAUGUCGUUAAUAUAAAAGAUUAACGUUAAUAUUAUUACUGUUUAAAGAUGCAUGUUGUAUCUGUUGUAUUCGGUAUUGAAGGUGCUCAGAACCUGCAAAAUAUUAUCGCACGUAAUUCACGAGACAAUAAUGCAUCGCGAUACGUUAACGGAGUAGCAAGUGAAUCUUCCCACUGCCGGAUGCAAGACGACACCGCAAGAGCUUUAUAAAUUUUCAAGUAUAAGGAUAAAGAUAAAACAGUGCCCUGUAGGAGCCGUACCUACUGUCUGUGUAUGUACCCGAUGGUCUGUCAACCACUGAUCUCUAUAUACUCUGUACAUAAAGAUCAGUGCUGUCAACUCGUUAAUGAAUAUGUGCCUACAUACGCGUGUAAAAUGUGUACAUGCAGUCCUAUCAGGUUAUGUCUAUAUGUAUAUGCGUCUAAUGCGUGUGUGUGAAUGCCGUGGUUAGUCGACACCAGUAGUCACUGUCAGUUAUCCCAGCGCGAGGAAUGCACCGCAUUGAUUUUUAAACCGUUUUAACGCUAAUGUCGCAAUUACUAAUAAAUAAUCGAAAUAAUUUGGUACGCGUUAAGGAUCCCGACCCGUUGAUACGUGCCGUGGCUUCGUAUUUAUCGUGAUAAAAUGUAUUUACACAGCUGUCAGUACCGGUAGUGUGUAUCAGAAUACGCCCACGACACGUUAUGCACGUUUUCUUUCGUUGAAGUAGCGCGAAGGUUGUUUCAAAAGGAAGCUGCUUCCUGGAAGAAGGCUGAAACCGAGUGCUGUUCUUUUCAUUCGUUCGAGUUAAUCGCCAGUAAUGAACCGUUACAGUUGAUAAAAUUACGUUAUCGCUUCGGUGCUUUUUUUCUUCAAUUAGAAUACGAGUGACACGGAGCAAGAAUCGAUUUUUCAUUACACGUGCAAAACAACGAAACACAUGUGCAUCUGAUAAAUACAGGAUACAAUAAAUAAGGAAUGGGAAUUGACAGUAUGAGAGUCGGAGGAGGACGAUGUCCUCCCCUCCUUGUCGGAGGACUUCUUGUCGCUUGUUUAAUGUUGAUUUGCAACUGGUGGACCUUAUCCACGGAAAAUAUCGAACUAGUUAGACAAAUUGACGAAUUGAACGAACAACUUAAAAUCAGUGCCGAAGAAAGAGAUCAAUGUGUCACGUUACGUGGAAACCUACAGCAGAGGUAUAAAAAUGCAGAGGAUGAAUUAGCAUCCCUGCACGUACGUUUAGAUCAACAAACAGAUCUGAAGAAGAAGAAUGAAGAAUUAGAAGAUUCUGUUACUAUGUGCAAAAGUGAAUUGGAUUCAUUGAAUAAAUUAGAUGCUACCAAAACUGCAACAUUAAAAACCUUAAGACUGGAAAAAGACACUUUUAAUACACAGUUAGAUGUAAAGCAAGAUGAAAAUAAAAAGUUGCAGGAUGAAAUAGAUCAGCUGAAGGAUGAACUUGAUAAGCUCAAACUUACCUGCAAUAAAACUCCAGAGAAGAAAAUGAAUGUUGCUCAGCAAUCUACAAGAACACUCAUUAACAAGACUCAGUUGGGUCCUCUUCCGGAGGCAGCUGUAAGAGUAUCUGUAGCUGGUCAACGUGGUUUGAAGUAUCAUGGAACUCCAGUUCUUCCAACAGACCCACCUGGCGCUGUGCGCCUAAGUCCUCGCCUCUCAGUUACAAUGCUGAAAGCUGAAGUAAAUCCAAAACAACAAAACAAUGUCACUUCGAAUGACGACGGUGAGGACAGUCCAAAAAUAAAAAAUCGGAGUACAGGGGUAACUACAAAAGAAUAAACAAGGGAAUACAGGAUCCAUGGAUGGCAACGUAGUAGAAACUGAAAGAGAUCGGGAAAUGAAAGCAGAAACAACUGGUAACUAAUAAUAAAUGAUAGAAUUAUAACUUUCCAUAAUCUGUUUGAAAAUAAUCCAAAUUUUAAGUCUUUUAUAAUUUGGUAACUUGAAUCAAAAUACUCGUAAAAUUACACGGAAGAAGAAAGAACUUCAAAGCUAAGUGCCAAUAUAUUCUAUUUAUACAAUGUAGGAUUUAUAUACAUACAUAUUAAAGUUUUACUCGUUCAAAGAA